AUGGGGCAGCUGCCACACAACAACACCCAGACUUGCACCGCCAGUGGACAAAAGCUCCCGUCACGGGAGCGUUGCGAAGCUGCACCGGGACUGUCUCCGAACCGCUCGUCCACGCACGGCCGCCUUCCCGCUCGCAACGGGGCUGAGCCAGGGCGGAAGGCUCGGCGCGUCUGCCGGCGUUACGGAACCGCCGCAUGCGAGCAGUUGUCGCCGAAACAAAAGCUGCAGGGAGGAGCAGAGAAUCCCUUUCCUUACAGAGCUGUCGGUGUUCUCCUCGCAAACCUGCAGGGGAAGAGGGAUCAGAGCUGUGAUCUCGCUGUGCGAACCACCACCCGAAAAGUUACGGACAAGUUCACCGAGAGCAUGUACGUCCUGGCCAACGAGCCCUCCGUGGCACUCUACCGGCUCCAGGAGCACGUGCGGAGAUCCCUUCCGGAGCUCGCGCAGCACAAGUCCGACAUGCAGAGCUGGGAGGAGCAAAGCCAGGGAGCCAUCUACACAGUGGAGUACGCCUGCAGUGCCAUAAAAAACAUGACUGACAGCAGCGUGUACUUCAAGAGCAUUGACAGUCUGCUCAAACACGCCAUAGCCAUGAAGGAUCAGCUGAACGCUGCUCAGGGCCGCAGCACUGUUGCCCCACAAGCCAAGAAUCCUCCAGCCAGUUCCUGAUUUCAGACAAGACUGGCCGUCCUCUGCCGCCUUCUCCAGCCCAGCUCUAUGUUCUCCUACCACGGGGAGGAGUGAGAAACCACCUGCUCGAUCUGUGAAGCUGCACGGAGGCCUCUGCCUGCCUCUCUGUUCCCAGUAACAAGGUGCUGUACCUGAGCAGGCAAAUCCUGCCGCUGGGGUCAGGACUGCCUUCGUGGGGUGCUUUGGGGAGCAGUUGUGUCCCUUUCCACAGCACCUUGCAAAAGGGAACUGGGGUGGAUCUGCAUUUGUCCUUUCCAGUUCUUUUCCAUGGCAGACUGCUACGAGGCGUCUUUCUCUCUACCUCUUGGCCACAGAAAUAUCUCGGAAAAACUAGGUCUUGCUUUCAGUAUUUUGUAGACGGCUGUGUAAAGACGUAAUGUAGGCACACUUCAGCUUUGUUCAGGAGGCAUUCUGCAAGGAGAGUUUUUCAUGUGUGUGCCAGGGAGUUGCUGGAUUUGGUUUUAGUGAGAACAAUAAUAAAAAGAAAAAACAAGUAA